AUGAGCAAGGCGUCUGAUAAUAAUAAAAAUUUGGAGGAUCAAAGAACAAACUUCGAUGAAAAGGAUAAAAAAAAAUUGUUCUUGUAUGGUUACGAACAACAACUGCUUUAUGGACGAAUUAAUUGGAAACUGGCCGAAAAAAAGAAAAUAACUAAAUACCCCAUAAACACUAUGAAAAAUUUGUGGAACCACAGCAUAGCUAACUGCUUGCCUGAGUUUAUAGAGAACUAUUCCAAAGACGUGGAAAAGCUGAACGAAAUGAAAAAAAAAAAAAAAUUAAACAUUGCACAGAAAAUAAAUAAAAAAAAAAAGGUGACUCCAGCUAAAGUACAAUUCACGAAACAACAUUCAAAUAUUUCCAUGAACCGAGUGAUUAAAGGAGUCAGUUUAGAUUACAAGAAAUUAAAUACCCACACGUUUAAAAAUAAGAAAGUUGUAACGUCCAUUUUGAAGAAAAAAACGAUAAACAAAACCAUUGGAAAACAAAAGAAAACACCAGAAAUGAAAAACAAAAAUGCGCAAUUAAUCAAACAGAAAACGAAAAAGGCAAUCAACAUGAAGAAGGCACCCAACACAACGAAACCAAAGGAAGAUACCAAAAGCGACAAAAUCAAGAAGGACGAUAAGACAAAGAAGAACGGAAAGGUUAGUAAAAUCGAAAAGGAAAAGAAAGAAGAAAAAGCCAAAAAGAACGUCAAAAAGGAUGCCAAAGCUGCAGACGGAAAGGCGCAAAAGGGUGACAAGUCCAAGACGGAUGACAAGAAGGAAAAAGCGAAAAGUGAGAAGGCUGUCAUAAAAAAAAUCGAAAAAAGUAACAAGGACAAGGGGAAGGACAAAAAGGCAGAGAAGGUAGAGAAGUCGGAGAAGAAGCCUGAGAAGAAGGAAGAAAAGAAAGCAGAAAAGAAAGACGAAAAGAAAGUGGAAAAGAAGGAAGAAAAGAAAGGGGACAACAAGGUGGACAAGAAGCCCGGCAAGAAGGAAGAUAAAAAGACUGACAAGAAGGAAGAGAAAAAGGUAGAGAAAAAAGACGAUAAGAAGGUAGAGAAGAAAGCAGAGAAGAAGGACGACAAAAAGGCAGAAAAAAAGGCCGACAAGAAAGAAGACAAGAAAGAGGACAAAAAAGAAGACAAGAAAGAUGACAAGAAAAACGACAAAAAGGACGAUAAGAAGGUUAAGAAAAAUAUUUUGAAAACGCAAAAAACGAAGAAGUAG